AUGGAAAUUAGAGCUAUACUUAAAAACCCAUUUGUUAAUCUCAUUCAUACUACAAUGACGCUACGAAUCCUGAAGUUAGCACCAGUAGCGCACCGCGGACUGCAUUCGUGCUGUGUUCAGCUUGUCAAGAAGAACAAACUUCCUCCCAGGCCGAAAUGGAUGGCUGAAAUGGAGAAAGACCUUGAAGAGAAGUUUCUGCAUGGCGGACGAGGACCUGGGGGCCAGAAGAUCAACAAAUCCAACAGUAAAGUGCAGCUGAGACAUGGUCCUAGCGGUAUAGUAGUGGAAUGCCAGGAAACACGGUCUCGGGAAAACAACCGAAAGAUAGCACGCGAGAAGCUGGCAUUGCAGCUGGCCGUUUGGUCCAACGGUGGGAGCCCGAUAGAGCGCCAGACGGCGCUGCACGAAUGGGAGAAGCAAGGCAAGCGCAGCCGCGAGCGGAAAAGCAAGGAGAAGCACGGCAGACACGAGAUAGAGAGGCAAGAAGAACGUCUGCGAGAGAUGCAAGAGGAGGAGCAGUUGGUGGAGGCUCUUCUACGCAAGGAGCGGUAA